UUGAAUUAUCAGCCACAAAGGCAUGCUGGUAUUUCCCUGCUGGCUGCAAUCUUCAUCUGAACACCAAGAUGCUUCAGAAAGCAUCACUUGUCUUCCUGCUUCUUUGGACCACAGUGGUGACCUCUACCUGGUAUGAUGGGUCUGGCUACUCUGCCGCAGAAAGGCAAACUGAGGUGGUGUACGUUAAGGAAACCUCCAGUGUCCCUGAUCCAGAUCAUCAAGUUCCUCAGUGGUGUCAUCCGCUAAUCAUUUAUAAUGGAGAGGCCACCUGCUAUUCACCCCAUGGAAGAAAUUACCGCAGCAGCCUGGGGACACGCUGUGGGCUUUCCUGCAACCGUGGGUAUCGCUUGAUCGGCCAGGGGUCUGUGCAAUGCUUACUGAAUCGCCAUUGGUCUGGGAUUACCUACUGCAGACAGGUUCGAUGUCACACGUUGCCAGCAUUUCAGCACGGGUCAUACCAGUGCUCCAAUGGGGUGAAGGCUGGUUCCCACUGCGACUACAGCUGCCAACUGGGAUAUCAUCUAGAAGGUGAUCGCAGUCGUGCGUGCAUGGAAGACGGCCGCUGGAGUGGUAGCGUGCCAAUUUGUGUAGACAUAGAGCCUCCCCAAAUCCGGUGUCCGGAUUCUCGAGAGCGACUAGCAGAGCCUGGCAAGCUGACUGCCACAGUUUAUUGGGAUCCACCCCGGGCAAAGGACUCCGCUGAUGGCAUCAUCAAAAAAGUGACACGCCGGGGCCCAGAGCCGGGAUCCGAGUUUUCAGAAGGAGAGCAUCUUAUUCGCUACAUUGUGUAUGACCAGGCAUACAAUCGAGCCACGUGCAAAUUUUUGGUGAGGGUCCGAGUGAGUCGCUGUCCCACUCUGAAGGCACCCGAACACGGUUACCUCAGCUGCACUUCAGAAGGGAACAACUAUGGUGCCGCCUGCGAAUACCACUGCGAUGGAGGCUAUGAACUCCAGGGUGCUGCUACAAGGGUCUGCCAGUCCAGCCGCCAGUGGUCAGGUUCUCAGCCCAGGUGUACCCCCAUGCAAAUCAACGUGGACGUCAACUCAGCCUCAGGACUUUUGGAUCAGUUUUAUGAAAAGCGCCGGCUGCUCAUUGUCUCAGCUCCUGACCCCUCGGACCGCUACUACAAGAUGCAGAACGCCAUGUUGCAACAAGCCACGUGUGGGCUAGACUUGCGCCACAUCACUGUGAUUGAACUGGUGGGUUUGCCACCUCGCGACGUGGGACGGAUCCGAGAGCUCCAGCUGUCAGAAAAGACUGUUGAAGAACUGAGGCAAUUCCUGCACAUCACUCGUUCUCGCUUCAAUGUUGUGCUAAUUGACAAAUACAGCACAGACCGGGAACGCUACAUCCAGCCAGUGACGCCCGAUGAGCUGUUCUCCUUUGUCGAUAUUUACCUGCUGAGCACCCGGGAACAGUUAUGGCGAGAACAGAACAGGGAUGUGUGCGAGUGAGAAGGAACAGCCCGGUAGCCUUCGGCCACCGACGCCAACCCAGCGGCCUCGUUUCGCAUUAGCCUUGGUUAGAGGUGAAACUGAAAAGGAACAGCUGGAUUCCAGUUGAGGGGGACAGCAGAAACUUCACUCCUGGUCCUAUAAGCAGGGAAACAGCGUUCCCAUGCCCAGUUAAUACCCAUCAAUCUUGGAGGCACUAUUCCAAAGGACAUGCUUACUCGUACGUACAAUUUUCCAUUAAGAGCACCCAGACUCUCUUCGCCUGGAUCACAAACUGUCUUCCCCUUACAGAGCCAGGCUGGCGAGAAGUUGAUGGGUUUGGACUCCAAUUCCCAUCAACCUCAGCCAGCAUGACCAAGGAUUACCAGAGGUUUAACAUCUAUUUGAUGGUUUAACAUCUAGAGCACAAGCCUAGCGCUAGCAAUAAUCUAUCUGAGAUAGGAGGGGUGAAUAACAAGAUGUUCUGAGUUCCCCUUUCUGCUCCCUUCUUAGCUUGCCUCUCCUUCUGGAGCAUGUCCAGGAGAUGGGGCUAACCAAAAAUUAAGUUGCACUAAUUUUAAACCUGUGAACUCGAAUUUUUUUCUGCCUCUCAUCCUGGUCAAAUGCAAGCCAACAUUCCUGAGUUUUGGGCUCUCCAAUCAGAGGUGAGCCAAGACUCUGAAAGCACAGGGCUUCCAACUUCUUAAAGUAGUCAAGCUUAAUAUUAAAAACAAGUCUUUUGCAACUUGGGUAUGAUGUCAGGGGAAGAGACUUCAAAGA